AUGUUUUUGAGAAACGUUGCGAAGCAAUCCGUUAGAACUAUGUCGAAAUUGACUCCUGUGGCUACCAAGCUCUCGCCACCUGCUGCGGCCUCUUACUCCCAGGCCAUGAAGGUCAACAACUUGAUCUUCGUGUCCGGUCAAAUCCCUUACACUGCCGAGAACAAGCCCGUUGAAGGGUCCAUUGGUGACAAGGCCGAACAGGUGAUUCAGAACGUCAGCAACAUCCUUAAGGAAGCCAAUUCGAGCCUAAAUAAGGUGGUCAAGGUCAACGUUUUUUUGGCUGACAUCAAGGAUUUUGCCGAGUUCAAUGUCGUUUACGCCAAGCACUUCAACGAACACAAGCCUGCCAGAUCCUGUGUUGCCGUUGCUUCUCUUCCAUUGGAUGUAGACUUGGAAAUGGAGGUCAUUGCCGUCGAGCAGGAUUGA